UGGUGAUGUAUAAAGCAUCUUUGCCACCCACUGGUUCAUCACAACAGCUCUACCAAGAUCAACAGUAGCCUCCAAUUGUCUUAAACCUCAGCACUGCCCCAAGCAUGUCUUCUAGCAUCCAGCAGGCUAUGGCACUGCUCAUUGGCACCUUUCAUAAAUACUCUGGCAAGGAGGGAGACAAACUCACCCUAAGCAAGGGAGAGCUGAAGGAACUUCUUCAAAAUGAGCUUGGAGACAUAUUUGGCAAAUCCACUGACAAGGCAGAAGUGGACAAGAUCUUCAAGGGUCUGGACGCAAACGCGGACGGCACUGUGGAUUUUCAAGAGUAUGUCACGCUGGUCGCCUGCCUCACUAUGCUCUGCAACGAGUUCUUCGCCAAAAAAUAAGGAUCCAAGCGCCACCUUGCGGCCAACUGAGAGAGCUGCCGUUCGGUGACAGGAAGUGUCCCUUGACAGCUUUUUUGAAAAAGAUAUAAACACAAAUAUAUGACAGUGAAUUCAAACUUGUACUGAAAUCCAAAAUGAAAUAAAUCUUUUUUUUUCUCUCUCUGAAAGAC